UCAUAGUAAGAGAGGAAAGCACAUAUAUAUAUUAUGGCAAAGACAGCUUUUACACUCGUCCUCCCAAUCAUCUUCCUUGUUAUGUUUGCUUUAGUGGAGCAAAAUAUGGGAUGCACAGCAAGUAUAGGACCGUGCGAAAUGGGUAAAAGCUGCAGUGCCAAAUGCAGAGUUACAUUUGGAGAUAAGGCUAAUGGCUUCUGUGACCGUACCACUGGUGGAGCUGGAGAAUGUGUAUGCGUCUACCCUUGUCCGCCUCUGCCUUCACCUCAGGCCCAUAUGUGAUUUACACUUUGAUAUUUA